AUGCGAUGUCUCAACUAUAAUGAGCUCAAGAAAGCCGACCUUAUUCAGAACCGGACUACAGCUAAGGAGUACACACAGUGUACCGCCUACGACACCUAUUUUAAAAAGCUCCAGGAGGGUCAGCCUAAUUUCGAUCCGGUAGGGUCAUCUCGGCAACUGACGGCGGGAGACGAGCAUGAGCAGAUGGAUGUCGAUGACCAUUUCCUUCCGCCUCCACCCACGUCAGGCACGUCCAUAGGUUGGCAGUGGUCCAUUGGGAAUGUUGAUCGUAAUUGGCCCGGGUCUGAAGGAAACAGUCGGGCCUAG